UUGCCCGGCACGCCGCGGUGGUCGGUGCUGCCCUGCCAGAAGCGGCGGCUGUAGCCCUGGAUGCGUCCUACCAUCUUCUCCUCUUUGCCACACGCGGGGAUGGAUUUCACGGAAGCCUAUUCUGAUCGAUGUUCUGCCGUGGGGCUUGCAGCCAGGGAAGGAAAUGUUAAAAUGCUGAGGAAACUAAUAAAGCAAGGAUACAGCAUCGACGUUCCAGAUAACAGGGGGUGGGUGCCAAUCCAUGAAGCAGCAGCUCACAAUUCGAGUGAAUGUCUGAGGGUACUUAUUGGUGCAGCUUCAUCUGUUGAUUACAUAAACUCAAAGACAUUUGAAGGGUUAUGUGCUCUGCACCUUUCAGCACGCCAUGGCUCUCUGGAAAGUCUUCAUGUUCUUCUGGAAUCUGGGGCUGACCCCAAUGAAGUUACCACUGAAGCAACCACCCCACUGUUCCUAGCUGUUGAAAAUGGACACAUCAAUACUGUAAAGUUUCUGCUCCAACAUGGAGCAAACAUUGAAGGACCUCAUUCCUGGUCUGGAUGGAAUUCUUUACAUCAAGCUUCUUUUCAGGGAUUCACUGAGAUAAUGGAAAUACUCCUGGAGAAAGGGGCAAGCAAGGAAUGUAAAGAUGACUUUGGAAUUACACCUUUAUUUGUGGCUGCUCAGUAUGGACAGCUGGAGAGUUUAAGACUGCUUGUAUCCCAUGGCGCAGAUGUAAACUGUCAAGCUAAGGACAAAGCCACUCCCCUGCUGAUAGCUGCACAGGAGGGCCACACCCAGUGCGUGGAACUGCUGUUGGCCAAAGGAGCAGACCCAAACCUGUACUGCAAUGAGGAUAACUGGCAGUUACCGAUUCACGCGGCAGCUGAAAUGGGCCAUGAAAGGAUAUUAGAGUUGCUGAUACCGGUUACUGAUCGGAUUUGUGACAAAGGCAAAGGCAAAGUAAGCCCUGUGUAUUCAGCCCUAUAUGGUGGAAAUAAAGAAUGUCUGGUUAUGUUACUCAAAGCAGGCUAUAGUCCAGAUGCUCAGGAGUGCCUUAGCUUUGACUGCACAUCACCCAUGUGUGUGGUCUUCCAAAAAGGAUUGUUUCAUUUCAUUGAUAUUCUCCUGAAAUAUGGGAUCACCUUACUUGGGAUUAAUUUGGGAUAUUGCCUGUUCCAUGAGAAGUUUCCUUUGUUUCAACGCUUCUUGAAGCUGGGUUGUUCACUACCUUCUGGGGACCAAUUACAAAAGUUCACAAAUUACACCCUUAAAGUUCACAAGGAGUACAAAGAAUGGCUGCCUCACCUGCUUUUGGCUGGUUUUAAUCCAGUGAAUUUAAUGUGCAGAUUCUGGAUUUUCUUGGUGAGCAAGGAUGCCCUUGAUUUCAUGUUGGAAUUCACAAACUGGAAGAGGCUUCCUCCCGCUGUAGAGAAAGACAUUUCAGACUACAAAGAGAAGUUUGCCUGGACUCCCAAAAGCCAUUUUGCCUUCAUUCCUUCCCUGUCUCAUCUUUGUCGUCUUGAGAUCCGGUCCAUUCUAAUGAGUGAACGCCUGCGCUCGGACCACUUCAUCCGGGAGCUGCCAUUGCCAGCUUGCCUCCAGGACUACCUUCUCUACUUAGAUGUCCUGCGACUCAAUGAUAUCCCUGAAGUGGAGGAUUUUCUGAGGCAGAGAGAGGAGGGAGCUCCCUCUGCCAGCCACUCCAGCCCUAAAGAUGAAGAGAGCAGAGAUGCCUGUAACACUGGUGCUAGGUGAUGGUGCUGUCACUGACUGAACUCUGUGGCUGUGGGUGUUGUAAUGGCAGUUAGUAGACACUGAAAAAGAACUACCCGAAAUAACUGAAAUAAGUCAUCUUUUCAUGCUGUAAUUUUAUACUAUAUCUAGAAGUUUGUUAGAAAUUCCUAGGAUUUACUUCUUUAAAAAGGUUGCUGCAGCUUUCUAAGUCUGUGAACAUAUUCUAGUUUUUGAAAGGAAAUUUUUAACUCUUGUAGAGUAAAAUGAGCUUGGUAAAUGAACACAGCUUGGAUAAUGGUGGAAAUCUGGUUGGUCAGACAUAUACCAAGUGAAGCUAUCUGAAAACCAAAGAACACAACAUUGUAUUCCUGUUACGAAUUUAUGUGUUGGGGAGGGACCCAGCUAAACCAGAGACAGAAAAGUAAUAUAAGAAAGGAAAUUGUUUG